AGAGGGAUAGGAUCAGAUACCUGGCAUCCCAAGUUAGAGCCUCUUCAACUAUGGCCCCCAUCAAAAAGCUGGUGACUAAAAAGCAGGGUGGUAAGCGGAAGAAGCAGCUUUUAAAGUUUACUCUGGACUGCACCCAUCCAGUGGAAGAUGGCAUCAUGGACGCUGCCAACUUUGAGCAGUUUCUGCAAGAACGCAUCAAGGUGAACGGCAAAGCUGGGAGCUUGGGAGGUGGAGUGGUGUCCAUCGAGAGGAGCAAGAGCAAGAUCGGGGUGAACUCCGAGGUGCCUUUUUCCAAAAGGUAUCUGAAGUACCUCACUAAGAAGUACCUGAAGAAGAACAACCUGAGAGACUGGCUCAGAGUGGUGGCCAACACCAAGGAGAGCUACGAGCUGCGCUACUUCCAGAUCAACCAGGAUGAGGAAGAGGAGGAAGAUGAUGAUUAAAUGCAUGCCAUUUUUGUCAUCAAUAAAAGGUUGAUGGGGGAAAAUAA